AAGUGAACAGAAUAAAUAAGAAAUAUAUUAAGACCCAAAAAAUAUACGUACCUAUUUACUCCAGGUAUGAAUCACAUAAAGCGGAAACGUUCACUGACUCUAAGAGAAGAAUCUGAGCAUAUUAAUCAGUCAAAACGAUUUUGUAGCAACUGCAUCGAAAUGAAAUUAGAAAAAUUAUCAAGCCCACGAAUUCCAGGCAACAAUCGCAUUUCGCGAAAGCGAUCUGUUCCCUGGGAGGAAAACUCACCAGAUAAUUUUUGCGCAAAACGAGCAAAAUAUCAGAUCAUAGAAAGGAAGUUCAAAAUAAGCACGGAGCCAAAGAUUCCAAAUGAUUAUUUGAUGGGCUUGCCAGUACUGCCUGACUCUGACGCCAGUGAUUCGGAGGAAGGUUGCCCAAAAUCAGAGAUUCCGGCGGCCAAAUCAGAAACUGAAGAUAACCGAAAACUAUUUUCCUAUCGGCAGUUAAUGUUUAUUUGUUCUGAGCUGAUGAAACGAUGCGAUGAUCGAGUUGUGCAGGAAUAUGAACUAGCAUUGACUCAAAGAAUGGCAGAGCAGUAUGAUACAUUUAUCAAGUUCAACCACGACCAAUUGCAGCGAGAAUGUGAACACAAGACCACUUAUUUGUCGUAGUCUUUAAUGUUGUGUUUGGUGUUAUUAUAUUUUUAAUUUUUUCGUUUAUGUAUAUGUUGGUUAUCUGAGAAUAAAAUAAUAUC